AUGCCCGAAAGCGAUCUAGCACUACUCUCCGGGCUGGCCCCCAACCAGCUCCAAGCAGCCGACUCCCGACACCUUCAGGAAUACCGACCGAUGAAAGAGGAUUUUGCAGACUACGUUUGGCAACUCCGGAACAGCGCAGCGCCUAUCCACACGAAACUACCUUCAGAAGUCCUCAUCCAUAUCUUCUCCUUAGUGUCCCCGACGCAGCGCUCCCACAUCAAGCUCGCGCAUGUCUGUCGUACAUGGCGGGACCUGAUUUACAAGACCCCGGAUUUUUGGGUCGAUAUGGUCGCUAUUAUCAAGAAUCCUUCGCGGCCCAAGCACUUCAAUGACAUUCUCACCUUCCUCCAGCGUACCGCGUCCCUUCCGUACACCCUGUACUACAUAGACAACACACUCCGUCUAAAGUUCCUCAGCACUCUUCAAGAAAAUGGACGACUUAGCCAUCUUUCUGAGCUAUUCAUUGUCUUGCCAUGGAACGAUCCUUCCGUUACUUUCGACUUCAUCCAAUUGGCUAUGCCGGGACUACAAACCCUGCAUUGCAACGCAGUUACCGUACAACCCUCCCGUUCAGACGCCCUCAAUCCCCGAGAUCACACCCCUCCAAGUGUUGCCAAUUUUCCGCGCCUGCGCAGCUUACAAUUACCCGAAGGUUUAUUGCUCGUCCCGUCACUGGCGUUCCCGACCCUAAGGACCAUUAUUCACGACACAGACGCUCUCGACCUAAAGUUGGUCCUCAUGGCUCUGCAGCUGUGUCCUCAAUUGGAGGAAUUGACUCUCACGAAGUGGAUGUAUCCCAGGGGUAUCAACCUUCCCUUCGAUGCACUCCUUCUUCCUUGUCCUCUACCUCGUCUGCGCCGAUGCGUUAUCGAUGAUCUCAGUGGUGGGACGACGCCGUCCUAUACGGUGGAAUUCCUCAGCAAAAUUGCGGUGCCGCCCACUGCCCACCUGGAAGUGAGAGCCACAAGUAUCAGCCUGCCCAGCCACAUCAUCCCCACAGCCCCACCUCUAGCGACCCUCGGCGCAGUAGACACACUGCACUUGAAGCUGCCCACAAACACGACCUUGUACAGCGAAAUCCAGGGUCUCGCGGGGCAUACCGAGCGCGUCAACUUGACCCUGUCUACCCCGACACCGGUGCGCAGAGCUGGUCGGGUCGUCACAGAAUGCUCCGCUACUCUCUACGACACGGUGGAUGUCUUCUCGUCUGCUGCUCAUAUCACCUCCCUCGUCCUCGAAUGCUGGCCCGACUACACAGUGACGAAGAACGCCUGGCUGAUCACGCUCGCCUCUCUUCCAUUCCUGGUGUCGCUCGCCGUGCGCGUCCGCUCCUGCCAACGGUUACUCCGCGCACUGCGCCGCCCGGUCUGCUUCCACCUCAAACAGCUCGCCAUCACGUGCACGAACGGUGGCGGCGUGCACGAGUUGUUGGCCAUAGCGAUCGAGUGGCGGGCUUCGUUGGGUGCGUCGCUAGAGAAGCUGGAGUACUACAACGAGAUUUCGCAGCCACUGUCGGAGAGCCGCAUGGAGAGGUUGAGGGCUCUCGUUUCAGACGUGCUCGUUCUUCCUGGACGGCUCGACUAACUUCUGGUGGCCAAUGUUCAAUAGGAGUCCCGGUCGAAGAACCUGUACUGUCGAACGACGAGCCUCUGUUCUUGGAUCGAAUGAUGCUGCAAUGACGAUCGAAUCUGGCGAUGCGUUCUGCUUCCCUUCGAUUGCAGCGCGGACGAAGACGUCCAAAAGAAUAUUUGACCACAUCGUUGUGACCACUGGCACACAAUCGAGGCUCGUGUUCAUCUGUAGCCUCGAGUACCGACCGGAGACGAGGUACUUCCUCGUCUAGCUCGCGGUUUUACGUCACCAUACCUCAUGACAUCCUGCAUACGGAAUUUGGAUUGGAAGUGGACCACCUUUUGACUACAGUGCAUUAUAGUAUCGUGCUUUGUGACAGCCGAGCCGGCUGAGAAGCAUUGCAUCCUGUCAGCAGUACUGCAUAGUUGGAAGGGUAUGAACUUUACCAGGCCGUUCAAUGCUCUUGCCAGCCCAGCGCUCAAGCGGGUCCGGCAGUGGGCGUUAGUAAUAGCUACAAAUCCUGUCUUGACAACAACCGCAAC